GGGGGAGGCGGCGGCUGUUUAUUUGCAGCGGGGCAGGCGGAGCCGCGGCAGAGCGCGAGCAGCCAGCAGUGGCUCGGGCUCCUGCCUGCCCCGGCGGCACCAUGCUAGCGGCGCUGCCCGCCCGCGCCCGGCCGGAGGAGGAUGCCCCGCGCCCGCGAGGAGCCAGCCCAGCAGGAUGGUGACAACCUCCGCCAGCGGCAGGAGCCGGGAUCGAGCGCCGCUGCAGCCGCCGUCCCCGCCUCCUUCUCCUGUCCCCGCAGCCUGGGCGGCUGCUGCUGCUGCUGCCGCCGCCGCUGCUCCAGCCCGGCCCGGCUCCGGCAGCUCCCUGGCCGCGGCGCUGCUGCUGGCCGGGCUGUGCGCCCUGUGCUACGGCAGCUCUCUGCGGGGCGAGUUCGUGCACGACGACGUGUGGGCGAUCGUCAACAACCCGGACGUGCGGGCGGCGGCCCCCUGGGCGGGCGUCUUCGCCAACGACUUCUGGGGCAAGGGCAUGGCCGAGAACACCAGCCACAAGUCCUACCGCCCCCUCUGCGUCCUCACCUUCAAGCUAAACAUAUUGUUGGCUGGUAUGAACCCAUUCUAUUUCCAUGCAGUAAAUGUAACUUUACACUGUCUAGUGACUCUUGUCCUGAUGUAUACUUGUGACAAAGCUGUAUUCAAGGACAGUCGACUGGCUUUUGUCACGGCUCUCUUCUUUGCUGUGCAUCCUAUUCACAGUGAGGCUGUAACAGGUAUUGUAGGCAGAGCAGAUGUCUUAGCCUGUCUACUGUUUCUGUUGGCUUUUCUCUCCUAUAAUAGGAGUGUGGAUCAUUUUUAUGUUGGGGAACAUUUCCCUCCCACUGCCUCUCCAUUCUUCUUGCUGCUUAGUUUAUUUCUUGGGACCUGUGCAAUGCUGGUGAAAGAAACUGGAGUCACUGUGUUUGGUGUGUGCUUGGUUUAUGACUUGCUUUUCCUGUCCUACAAUAGACUUAGACUGAGAAAUGGAGGGGUGCAUCAGAGGUUCGCACGGCAGCCUGCGUCUUCUCCAUCUGCUUCGCUGCAGAGUCCUCCAUCCAGCAGGGAGAAUGGGAAGCACCGGUUUGCUCACAAAGGGACCUGGAACUCAUGCCACCCUGCAUCACCUGAAGAGCAACGGAGCAGCAGCCUUUCUGUCUCAAACAAAGCCAUGUGGGCUAUUCUUAGCUACCUGACUGCAAGUAACAACCAGAAUUUCUUGUAUACUGCAAAGCCAUUUUUGAAGAGGGCUGCUUUAGUAAUAAGUUAUGUGAUUCUUGUUUUAUAUUUCCGUUUCUGGAUAAUGGGAGGUUCCAUGCCAAUGUUUUCAGAACAGGACAAUCCAGCUUCAUUCUCACCUUACUUACUUACAAGAUUUCUAACUUAUUCGUACCUUCUGGCGUUCAAUUCCUGGCUUCUGCUAGCACCAAUUACUCUGUGCUAUGACUGGCAGGUCGGGAGUAUUCCUUUAAUUGAGUCGAUAUGGGAUGUGAGGAAUUUAGCUACAGUGCUCCUGGUGGUGGUGAUGAUAUUACUCAGCUUACAUUGCAUAACAGCAUUCAAGAAACUGGAACAUAGAGAAGUUUUAGUUGGCUUGUUGUUCCUGGUUUUCCCAUUUAUCCCAGCCAGCAACCUCUUCUUCAGGGUGGGGUUUGUGGUGGCAGAGCGAGUCCUUUACAUGCCAAGUAUGGGGUACUGUAUCCUUUUUGUCCAUGGUUUGAAAAAGCUCUGUGCCUGGUUAAAUAGAUGGGGAACUACUGCCCUGACCCUCUCUGCUUUGCUGCUGCUGCUGCUGUUCUCUUGGAAAACUGUGAAACAGAAUGAAAUCUGGUUGUCAAGAGAAUCCCUCUUCAGGUCAGGUGUGCAGACUCUGCCCCAUAAUGCCAAGGUACACUACAACUAUGCCAAUUUUCUGAAAGACCAGGGUCGUAACAGCGAAGCCAUCUAUCACUACAAAACCGCCCUCAAAUUGUAUCCUCGUCAUGCGAGUGCCCUGAACAACCUCGGCACGUUGACCAAAGACUUGGUGGAAGCAAAGGAAUACUACAGAAGAGCUCUUCAGUUAAACCCACAGCAUAAUCGAGCUCUCUUCAAUCUUGGAAAUCUGCUCAAGUCCCAAGGGAAGAAAGAGGAAGCUGUGUUCUUAUUGAGAGAUUCCAUUAAAUAUGGUCCAGAGUUUGCCGAUGCUUACUCAAGUCUUGCUUCCCUGUUGGCUGAACAGGAACAAUUUAAAGAAGCCCAGGAGGUUUAUCAGGCUGGGAUAGAGAAUUGUCCAGAGAGCUCUGAUCUGCAUAAUAACUAUGGUGUUUUCUUAGUUGAUACUGGGGCUCCUGAGAGAGCAGUGUCCCACUACCAGCAGGCCAUCUGGCUCAGCCCAAACCAUUAUGUGGCCAUGGUGAACCUGGGCAGGCUCUACCGCUCUCUGGGGCAGAACAAAGAGGCUGAAGCUUGGUACAAACGAGCGUUGAAAGUAUCGCGGAAGGCAGAAAUUCUGUCGCCACUGGGAGCUCUCUAUUACAACACGGGGCGGUAUGAAGAAGCUUUACAGGUUUACAGGGAAGCCGCAGCACUGCAGCCUUCAAACAAGGAGAUUCGACUGGCACUGGCACAGGUUUUAGCAAUGAUGGGACAAACAAAGGAAGCUGAAAAAAUGACUAACCAUAUUGUGACAGAAGAGGCCAAGUGUCUAGAAUGCUACCGCCUUUUAUCAGCCAUCUACAGCAAGCAGGAGCGUUACAGCAAGGCCCUUGAAGCUAUAGAUAAAGCUCUGCAGCUAAAACCAAAGGAUCCAAAAGUCCUAUCGGAGCUCUUUUUUACUAAAGGAAAUCAGCUAAGAGAACAAAACCUUCUUGACAAGGCUUUUGAGAGCUAUAAAGUGGCUGUGGAGCUGAACCCAGAUCAAGCUCAGGCAUGGAUGAACAUGGGAGGGAUUGAGCAUAUCAAGGGAGACUACGUCAAUGCACGUAGCUAUUACAAGAAAGCUUUACAACUGGUUCCAAACAGCAAGCUGCUGAAGGAGAAUCUGGCUAAACUGGAUCGCUUAGAGAAACGAUUGCAGGAAGUGCAGGAGAAAGAUCAGACGUAGCUAGUCGAAGGACCGUCGUGCCCCUUGCAGAAGAAAGAGAAGUGGAAGCCCAUUGGCAGAAGUGACACAGAAGGAGCUGUGAUGUGACUCAGAAUUAAGGAGGGCAAAUUUGGGGUGCACAUUUGUGUAUCACCAAAGUUGCUGGAGACCCAUCAUUUCUAUAGGGUAUGCUGAAAAAUGAGUGAAAACCCUGUUUUAAUCAAGAUUUAUGUUUGGGUUGGAUGCAUAUCACUGCCAUUAGUGCUGUAAGUGGGAGAUGCACCUUUGAUGUCCUGGUCUCUCACUUCCCAAGCUGGGUGGGCUGUAGAGGCAAAGUUCUCAUCCACUGUGGCAAGGGAUGGAGCAGUGCUUCUUGUUAGUCAACACUCGCCCAUCUAGUCCGCUUAAGGAGUACUAUUAAUGGUCUCUAAAGAAUGCCCCAUAAAGUCCUCCUCAACCAGGACGAUGGUGACAAUGAUCAGCAGAGAGCGUCAAAGGUCGUUACAGGGUUAAAGCUGGGAGAAAUGGUGGCCAUUUUUAGGUCUCCAACAAUGACUUGAAAAUGACCCCAAGGAAAUGGAGAAUGAUGUCUGGACAUGGCUGUCUCUGAAAGUGGUGAUUCUAUGACUAGGGCUGCUAGUCCUUUGAGGAAAAACCUCAGUUGAAUGGUUUACUCUGAAGAUAAUCAUUUUUGUAACUGUUCAGAUUCAUGAUAUCACAAAAUUGUCAGAAAUCACAUGACUUUUUUUCACCCAAUCAGAAUUAUAAUUUCUAUGAAAAAUUGGAACUGUCCGAUGGAAAUAUGGAAUUCUUUAAUGGCUCCACCUCCCUCCGUCCCCCACCUCCCCCAAAUCUAUAUUUUUAAAUAUUGAGUGGAAAGGCAAGUUUCCUUCAGAAUAUGAACAUUUAUUUUUGAGUGUUAUUUAUUUUUAACUUAUAAUAAAAUGUUUAAUAUAUUUUACUCUGUUUAUAAGAGUUGGACAACAUCCCUCACAGCUGGCAAUGUGGCUUGUGAUUGUUGCUUUUAUUGUAUAAAGUUAGAAAAUACAGCACCACAAGGUUGUGUUUGAAUAAUUUUCCCUGCUGAUAUUUCUAAAGCAAUUGGAUGUAGGACCAAAUUUUCAUUCAUGCAUUACCAUUGAUUUGUAGGGUUGCACCAGUUCAGCUGAGAUGAGCGUUUGAUCUGUUGUCAAUAGUAGAGGUAGCUGAGAAGGUUACCUGGGGCAGUGUAGUGAUGUGAGCUCAUCUCACAAGUUUAUUGUUUUCAUCUUAGCCCCCAUCAGGAAACCAUCAUACAGUUUGUUUCAGCCUGAUUGCCAUAACUUUGCUGAAGAGAAGCGCAGGUCAUGGAAUUAAUAGCGGGUGGUUCAGGUGGGGACUAAAGUGCAUUGAUACAGCUCUUUCAGGGAAGGGGAAGCUGUCCUGGCCCCCCAGGAUAGUAAAAAUCUGGGGGAAAAUUUCUCUCUCUCAUCCCUCCCUUGCACCCAUGCAUCCUUUAUAUAAAAUACUCAUUUGUCACUGAAGUUAAAUAGGUGUUAACAAAAUCAGACAAAACAGAGUUUUUCGAGUGUGAUUUUAAAUCUCUUCCCCUUUCCAUUGCUCAGUUUUCUGUCUCUUGACUCUUGUGAUGUCAUCAUUUCACUAGUUCUGUUAUCGUAGGCUUUGUCUGGACUAGCAUUUGUCCUCCUCUGGUAAUUGAUUAUAAAUGCUAAUCUAGACACAAACAUUUGCAGAGUAUCAGGACAUGGGGGCUCAGCCUCGUGCAAACCACAAAACUGUGCGCUCCAGAACAAACAUUUGUGGAGCGCCUCAGUUAUCAACAUAAUUAGCAUUUAUGAUCAACUAGCUCCAAUUAUAACAAGACCACCAGCUCUAGUCUAGACAAAGCAUGAGCCCCAGGCUAGACAGGACCUGGAUUUUUAAUAUAAAAGGAGGCAACAUAAAUCUUCCCUCCCCAAAACAAACAAACAUAUAAACAAAAAAAACCCACAUAGGACCCCAAAUCGUCAUGCCUUCUUUACACAUCAGAAGAAAAUCAAACAAAGGCACAGUCUCAGUUAUUGCCCCUUUACAGAUUACCUUUAAAAAUGAAAUGAUCCUUUACAUUCCUAAUUUCUCCAAAUCAGGGUAACUGCCGACUUGAUGGGGCUGAAAGACUGGAUCUGGGUGUGAAAAUUUGUCCCUUUCCACCAUUGCAUGUACAUACAGAACAGAGAGCUGGGAGCGCAACAGAAUAGGUUAGGGUAAGAGAAAGCUGACUGGGGAAAGAGGACCUCAAAAAAACCUUGUCUUGAAAAUAGCCACAGGGUUGGUUUAGUAGUCAAGAUUUUUGAGGUCGUUUAAGUGAGAUACAGUCCCACUAAAAAAAUAAUGUAACAUCCAAAUUUUACACUUCUUAUAACUUUUUUUUUUUUACACAUACGUGGGGCUCAAAGUAUGGCUCUGAUGUUGAUAUUAUUCUCUUGGGAUCAAUUGUGGAUAAUUUCCACCACCCAUUUCCCUUUUGGGGAAGCAAUGAUUCAAAAGCUAUUAAGGGACUGGGGUAGAAUUUAUGGUACAAAUUUAGGCCAUUUGAUCAAGAGGUUCCCAAUAUAUGUCCUUCCCCUGCAUUAUGAGCUUCUUUCAAUUUUCAUAGUACUCUAAAAUCCACAUGCAUAAUGAGAUUAUCUAAGAUAUUGGUACACCACAACAGGGGCAAUGGUGCAAGUUCGGAGUAAUUUGGUUCAGACAUUCCUCAGAUACUGUUCUCUCCCCCUGCCCCCGCCCCCAUAAGAAGAAGAUUUUAAUAUUCCAGUUGCUCUAAAACCGAUGUUCAUAGUGAACAAUGGUAUUCCACAACUGAAACUGAGCUAGAGGGGAGCUUCCAUUGAGAUGACUGGGUCAUUUCACACCACCCAGAGCCAUUGUGUUAAACUAUUAAUCUCUUUGGAGCAUCCUAAUUCAUCUGAGUAUACCCCACUGAGCUGAAUGGGCCCUUCCACACAUGAACAGUAUGCCUGUACUGCAGAGGGCUUUGCAGAGCCCCUUCCUUUACACUAGCUCCCUGAAGUAGAUACAAAGUCUGGGGCUCCCUGCUAUUCUUCUUGCUGCCUCCAGCUGGUAGACGUGCUCCUCACAGGCCAUCAGUUACCAUCCUCCUUUCUUCCCAUGUCCCUUCCAGCCCUACUGGGGGCAUGGUGGGACCAGGAGGAGGGCAGAGCUGGUAGCUAAAGUGGCAGAUCAUUCCCCUCCCGCGGGUGGCCUCCAAUCAUACCCCCUCACUAACACCUCUUCCUCAAGAAACAAGGGAAAUUAACUGCCCAAAAACGUGGUUAAUGCAGGCCUUGUUUACACUACAGCGCCUUUGCCAGCAUAGCUAUGCCAGCUAGACUCACCCCUGCUUAGUAUCCUCUUCAAUUCAAGAAGUGCGUUUCAGAUUCUUACUGGCACUGCCAGUCUGACAUGCCUUCUCUGGCUUGUCAGAUUGGGUUUGCACCUGCUGGUGAACCACAGCACCACUCAUAAGACUGCUUCCCAGGCUGAUGAACCACCUGUAGUUCAUUAAUUUUAUACCAGUGUAACUCCGCUGUUUUCAUCGGGGUUGCUCCUGAUUUACACUGCUACAAAUGAGGAGAGAAUCAAUUGAGGCACUGACUCCAAGCACCCAUGGAAAAAAAUAGUUGGGAUGAUCAGCAUCCACCAACCACAGCCAUUCAGCUGGGCUGCCAUUCAGCUGUUCGGCAGCUGGCAUGAGACCUUGAGGGAAGGGGCAGAGCAGGGACAGAAAGAGGUGGAGGGAGGGUGGGGCCUCGGGGGAGGAGGCAAAGUGGGGCGGGGCCUCGGGGCAGAGUGGGGGUGGAGCACCCACUGGGAAAAAUGUCAGCGCCUAUGUGGUAUGGCAUGCAAGGCUGCGCCGCCGGCCCCUGCAGGCGUGGUUAGCUUCAGUGUACUCACUGAAAAGAUGCCACUUGGACUCAGUACUUACAGUUCCACCCGGGUCUUCGACUGGUCGAAGGACCCCGGUUGGCAAUGGCAGGUGUUCCCUUUGUUGCUCCCCCAGCCAUCAGUGUCCCUAGUGUUGGAUGCUUCAGACCUAGGCUGGGGAGCCCACCUUGAUCCCCUCAGGACACGGGGCCUGUGGUCACAGGAAGAGCUCUCCCUGCAUAUGAAUGUCAGGAAGCUCAGAGUGGUCUGCUUAGCUUACCAAGUGUUUCUUUCCCAGAUCACAGGCAAGGUAGUUCAAGUACUGACAGACAACACCACGGCCAUGUUCUACAUCAACAAGCAGGGAGGAGCAGGCUCCUCUGCCCUAUGUCAGGCCAUGUCUACACUACCGGCUAAAUCGACACCGCUGCAAUCAAUGCAGCGGUGUCAAUUUAGCAGGUCUGGUGAAGACAUACUAAGUUGAUGCAGAGUGUUCUCCUGUCGACAUUUGUACUCCACCUCCCCAAGAUGUGGAAGCUAUGUCGACGGGAGACCAUCUCCCGUCAACAUAGCGCAGUGUAGACACCACUGUAAGUCAACCUAAGUUACGUCAACUUCAGUUCUGUAACUUAUGUAACUGAACUAGCGUAACUUAAUUCGACUUACGAUGUUAGUGUAGACCAGCCCUCAGAAGGCCAUCCAUCUAUGGGACUUCUGCGUGAAGCACUACAUCCACCUCAAGGCUUCCCAUCUUCCAGGAGCGUGGAACACCAUGGCAGAUCGCCUCAGUAGAUCUUUCUUCUCUCAUCACGAGUGAUCCCUUCACCCAGAGGUCACCAGUUCAUCUUCCAAAGGUGGGAAUCUCCCCAGGUAGACUUGUUCGUGACCAAGCAGAACAGGAAAUGCCACCAAUUUUGCUCACUGCGCCGGCACAGCCCACACACCUUCCUGCUCCAUGGACCGAGCUCCUAUUCUAUGCAUUUCCUCCAGUUCCUCUGGUACACAAGACCCUUCUAAAAAUCAAGUGAGACAAGGCGAGAGCUAUUCUUAUAGCCCUGGCAUGGCCAUGCCAACUCUUGCUUGGCAUGCUGCUAGACUUAUCAGUAGCACCCCUGCUAUCGCUCCCACUCCGCCCAGGCCUGAUCUCGCAAGACCACAGCCGUUGAUUCCACCCAAACUUCAGGUCCCUUCACCUGGCUGCAUACACGCUCCAUGGCUGAACCCAAAGGAGCAAGCCUGUUUGGAACAAGUUCGACAGCCAUCCACUAGGGCUACCUGCCUCACCGAGUGGAAGCGUUUCUCAAUAUGGUCAUCAUAACGAGGCCUUUCUCUAACUCAGUCUUCCCUUCAGUCUGUUCUGGACUACUUGCUCCACCUAAAACAACAAAUUCUGGCCCUUGCAUCUAUCAAGGUACGCCUAACAGCAACUUCACCCUACCACCCGCCAAUGGGCAGUAAGCCGUUUUUCUCUCCCAAGAUGACAAUCCACUUUCUUAAGGGUUUAGAGAGACUUUACCCUCAAGUUCGCGAACCGAUUCCCCCAUGGGAUUUGAACUUGGUCCUAUCAAAACUCACGGGCCCUCCCUUUGAGCCGCUAGCAUCAUGUCCUCUGCUGUUUCUCUCCUGGAAGUUCGCCUUCCUGAUAGCGAUUAUCUCAGCCAGAACGGUCUCUGAAAUCCGGGCCCUUACGUCAGAACCACCGUACACUGUGUUCUUCAAGGACAUGGUUCAACUACGCCCCCAACCAGCCUUCCUGCCAAAGGCGGUCUCGCAGUUCCAUACCAAACAAGCCUCAGUCUUCUUCCCGAAGCCACUCAAGAAUUCAGAAGAAUGAUGGCUUUACUCGUUGGAUGUUAGGCAUGCCCUCGCCUUCUACUUCGAGAGGACUAAACCGUUUCAUAGAUCCACACAACUGUGUGGUAAUAGCAGAGAGGAUGAAAGGCCUACCGGUUUCAGCCCAGAGAAUCUCAUCCUCCUGUGGCAUGCUACGAGCAGGCGAAUGUUCCACUGCUUGCCAUUUUGACAGCUCAUUCCAUGAGAGCUCAGACCCCAUUUCAGGCCCAGGUUCCGAUCCAAGACAUCUGCAGGGUUGCAACCUGGUCGUCAGUGCAUACCUUUUCAUCCCACUCUACCAACAACGAGGAGUCUGGUGGCACCUUAAAGACUAAAAGAUUUAUUUGGACAUAAGCUUUCAUGGGUAAAAAACCCUCUUCUUCCAUGCAUCUGAAGAAGUGGAUUUUUUACCCACGAAAGCCUAUGCCCAAAUAAAUCUGUUAGUCUUUAAGAUGCCACCAGACUCCUCGCUGUUUUUGUGGAUACAGACUAACACAGCUAUCCCUCUGAUACUUGAUCCCACUAUACCAUCACCUAACAGGCUCGAGAUGACAUUAAGUUCGGGAGAGCAAUGUUACAGAAUGCGUGUCCAUGAACUCUGAGCCCACCUCCUUGGGUACUGCUUGUGAGUCACCUAACGUGGAAUGGACAUGAGCAAGCACUCGAAGAAGAAAAAACAGCUACUGACCUUCUGUAACUGGUGUUCUUCGAGAUGUGUUGCUCACGUCCAUUCCACAAACCACCCUCCUCCCCCAGCACCAAAUGGUGCUAGAGUGCACUGAGGGAAAAAUCGCUGGCAACGGUGCAUGUGGUGCACGCACACAGCUAACAUAGAAUGGACAUGAGUAACACAUCUCAAAGAACAACAGUUAUGGAAGGUCAGUAAGAAUUUUUUCCCCAGCUCAAUCGGACUGUGGAGAUGUCCAGGGGCAUGCCUCUAAUAGCUGGAUGGGGACUGAUGGAGACUUCGCAUUCCUGUGCUUCUCCCUCCUGAUCAUCUUCACUUUAUAAAGUGAACAGUUCAAACAAGGGCCAAGUAAACUGCAAGUGUGUGUCUGGGUUGGCAUUUGGGGACCCGUUCACACCUGGCAAAAUUAUAUUAUUACCCUUCUAUCUCCUCUACCUGCAUUAUUGCUCAUACUUGUCUUUUAGGGACAGAUCAGCAGCAGUUCUCUUGUCACUCAUCCUUGGAUGAUUCUGCUCCCCAGCCUGGUCAUGGCUGUUGGGUCGUUUAGCAUGUGACUUCUGGGUUUCCCCCAAGACACCUUCCACUCGGUUCUCCAAUAAUUCAGUCUGACUCCAGUCUCGUCAUUCAGGUUUCUUUAUUUGGCAGCAAAGCGAUGCUGAGAUGAUCAGACUCAAGCAUAUGGUGUAGGUAUAGGACAUAGCACACAUCCAAUAAGUUACACGGUAAGCCUCUUUCUUUAUAUACAUUUACUAUACAUUGCAUCACACAUUUUGAGAUUGGCUUGGUCGCUUUGUAGGAACCAAUCCCUGUACAACCAAGCUCUGCCCACGCACUCUCCAUGCACUGUCCAUGCAUGACUGACUCUUUACCUAAUCUUAUGUUUCAGCCUUAUUUUGCCCAUUGUAGAUGGUUCCCUGGGUGUUCCCCCUUAUCUUAGCUAAUACGGACAUUCUGCUUCCAUCCUGCUGAUCCAUUUACCACCCUAAUCCUGUUUCCCAAGAAAUGAGGCCUCACCCAUGUCCAGUUACUCAUGUCAAGGCAGGCUAUUUGCAUGAAGUAGUUACAUAGUGUCGGCCUUUCCCUAACACAGUGAAGGAAUUGCCAGGCUCCCCGUCUUAGAGUUGCCAUAGGGCAGCCAAAAUUUUUGGUACAAAGUCAGAAUUGGCCUCCCUGGGAGUCAGGCUGGCAAAGCCCCAUGGAAGGCUGUGCGGGCAAAAUGAGUGCUAAAGUGGUUUUUGAGGCCUGCCAGUUCUCCCACAGUAGAAUUUUAGUUAGUUCAUAACAAAGUUUCAGAGCUCAAACAAUGUGCAUAUAUCCAUAGAAGCCCAUAGCGCUUUAAACCAUUGGAAGAAUACCGUAUAGUGAGAACUACAGGUUUUCCAUCAAUAUGUACCAUGGAGGGAGUGACUCCAUUAUAGUGGGAGUAUGUGAAAGAGUUGAACAGGAGGCAUCAUACAGGUGAAGCUCUCUCCCUUUUGCCCUGCAGAACCUAAUUUCUUAGCACCAGCACCAAGGUUUCCUCUUAGAAGUGUAACUUGUCAAAGCAGAGCAUGGAGAUUAACCCACUCAACUCCCCUUUAAGCUCAAUCACACCCUGAUCCUGCAAAGGGCAGAUCCUUAAAACAAACGGCUAAGGGGGGAAAUGAUAGAGGUCUAUAAAAUCACAACUGGUGUGGAAAGUAAAUAAGGAAGUGUUAUUUACUCUUUCUCAUAACACAAGAACUAGGGGUCACCAAAUGAAAUUAAUAGACAGCAGGUUUAGAACAAACAAAAGGAAGUAUUUUUUCACACAACACACAGUCAACCUGUAGAACUCCUUGCCAGAGGAUGUUGUUAAAGCCAAGACUAUAACAGGGUUCAAAAAAGAACUAGAUAAGUUCAUGGAGGAUAGGUCCAUCUAUGGCUAUUUGCCAGGAUGGGCAGGGAUGGUGUCCCUAGCCUCUGUUUGCCAGAAGCUGUGAACAGGUGACAGGGGAUGGAUCACUUGAUGAUUACGUGUUCUGUUCAUUCCCUCUGGGGCACCUGGCAUUGGCCACUGUGAGAAAACAGGAUACUGGGCUAGAUGGACCAUUGGUCUGACCCAGUAUGGCUGUUCUUAUGCCCCCAUAGAGACUCAUUGAGAUCACUGGGGCUCAGGAUGGGGGGCAAUGGGUUGCUGUGUGGAUAACUUUGUAGAACUGGGGCCUUAGUGCCCAAUCUUGUGAGGUGUUUGCACCAUCAAUUAACUUCCACUAAGAUUAAGGUGGGUGCUCAGCAUCUCACAGGAAGGGCCCUUUGCACAUGGCAUGCUCGGAUCCUGAGUGAGAAGGAUACUAUUGAAUAGUAUCACGUGCUGGACGUUGGCAGAGCUAUUGUUUAUAAAGAUGCUUGUGUCAAUGCCACAAGCUAUCCCAUGAGCCAAAGCUUUCUGAGAUGAGUUUCCUGUAGCCCAACAGCACUUUGACAUCUAGCUGAAGACAGCUGAGAAUGCAGGUGGGAAGGUAUUAGGGGCAGCGUGGAUGGGAGAAUCUUUUGUUUUUAAAAAUUGUAUAAAGUAGACACUGGGCCUCAGAAAAGUAAGACAGACAGAAAUAAAGAAGAUAUAUUCUCCAUGCCCCACACAUAUGGCUUUAAAAUGUGACCAAUUAUAUUAUUUUUCAAAUGAAAAAAAAAGUUGUAUUUUUUUAAACAAUACUUUGAGAGGGGAAGGGAGUUUGUUUAGCUGAAAGUUGUGUGUGUCCUUUCUGACUGACCUAAUAGGAGGGCUGUGUGGUUAUCACAAUAGCAUUCAAUCAAGGCCAUCCCAUCCUGUUAAAACUUGUACUUGUGCAAAUGUAGAAUAGAUUUCUCGUGUCCCUCCCGGAUCCAGGAGAAGAUAUUGGCCCUGACCAAUAGGAGACACGCAGUACUGUUCCAACGCUAGCUUCUCAGUUGAGCAACCCAGGGAAACCAGCCCAGCAUGAGGUGGUUGGUUUGGCUAGAGGGCAUGUUUGUGCUCAUUGUAUUGUCAUCUCUGCCUGUCUUUGGUCUUGUACAUUUCAGUUGCCUGCCAAGGCACAAGAAUAAUGCUCUUGUAAAUUUGGCUGGCAACAUGUUGAUAUGCAAAGUGGUUUAAUCCCACCCUUUUCACAGCUGUGAAAGGCUGUGUAUUGCCCCUCAUGAAACAGGUUUAAGGCAAUCUUUGGGAGAGGAGGAGCUCAUUUAAAUAAUCCCUCUUUCCCUAACCAGCACUUUAUGGCCCAAACCCAGCCAAAUAAUAGUGUAGAAACUGUGUAUUCUGCAUCCUGGCAGAGUCCCUGGGGAACUGACUAAAGCCAUGAUGCUGCAAAGCAGUUAAGCAUGUGCGUAGCUCUAAGCUCACAAGUAAUCCUAUUGGCUUCAAUGGGACUACUUCCGUAAAGUGCUUUGCUGGAUCAAGGCAGUUAUCUUGUGAAAGGCUUACUGCAGAUAAGGAACAAUAAUGGCCCAGUAAUAUGCAAUAGGUUACCUCAGCCAAAAGGAAAUUUUACUGUGAAGACAAAUAGAGCAAGUUAACCUGUGAUUAAAUGGAUCUUAUUCGAAGUAAUGGUAGAAAACAUCCUCUCCCUUUGGUUUUAUAUAGCUCAUAAAAUAAACUAUGAAUACUUUGGUUUCUGCCUACUGCAGUAUUCAGCAUGCUUAGUACGAACUAUGAAUGUAUAUUUUGCUGAAAACCUUAACAGGUGGUGGCUAGCUCUUUCCCUUUUGAAGUGACAUUAUCUAAACACACGUCUACAGAUGCACAUCAGCUUAAUCCAAAGUGGAGAAUUAACCCAGAGCUGGAAAGAUAGGACUUUUGUGCUAACUAUACAUUUCAAUCUCAAAUGGCAAACUAAAAAGCUGUCAUUCUGUUUUUGGGGGGGGGGGGGGGGUUGGUUGUAUUUUCUCACCGAGAAUAAUGUUCUAAACUAAUGAGUCUUUUGGAAGUUUGGGGGUUUUUUUGUAUUACAUCCUGCUUAUUUAAAAUCCAACACUCUUUGCUCCUCCCCUACUGCCAUCUCUCAGAAAGAAAGGAUUUAGGAAGGACACUUUUAUACUUCACUUGGACGUUUUGGGCUAGAUUUUUAUAAAAAUGUCCAGGCAAGUCGUUUUGGCCAAGCAACACGUAUGUGCAUCAGAGAAAGUGGCCUUCAUUUCAGACUGAAAUAGACCACAAAUAAAAGAUGAGAGAGCGAGGCAACACAUAGAUGCCCACGCAAAGUUGUGCCCUCUCUCAUGCAUAUAAAUUCUAACGUUCAGAGAUUGAGCACCUACAACUCUACCUAAAAUGAACAGGAACUGUAGCUGCUCAGCACCUUUGAAAAUCAGGCCAAUAUUGCGUAAACUAUUUUUCUCGUGAUUUAAGACACACAGGUUUUAGUUACUAGCUCAUACUUCGAGCUGUUUUGUAUAUGCUCAAUAUACACAUAGUGCAUGCUUAAAUUCUGUUGAAGUCAACAUGUGUGUUUGCACCUGCUUGAAAUUUCUGUGCAUUUUAUUGCACACCCCAUUCCUGCUUUUCACAUGUGAAGAUGACAACCUUUUGAAAAUCUAGCCCUAAGGGAUUUUUACUUUAUGGGGACUCAUGCAAUAGUUUUCUAAUGUAGGAGUUUUCUUUCAUGUACACUUAAACGGAGCAGCAAAAAGAAAAAUUGCUUGGUCUACAAUAGUGUUUUAAUGUGGCAAAGCUGCAUAAGGUGAUCUUUAUAACUUUGUGGAAAACUUCCUUGCCAUGUUUAUACCGACUUGCUGAAAACUUCUUUCUUCUGGGAAAUUUGCCCCAGCAGCAUCCUCUAUGAAAGUUACAGCUUCUGCAAAUGUAUUACUAUAGAAAUCUCUUUGCCUGAAGUGGUUGCCAUGCUGCUUUCUCCUUCUAUCAUGGGGGAGUUAUUUGCAUUGACUGUUGUUCAUAUUGUUCUUAUUUCUGUUCCUAUGUUUGUAUCAGUUAUGCAUAUCUUAUUUUUAAAAAGCCCACUAAUUAGAAAUGUUUACAAAUUAAAUUCACACUUUUAAGCAGCUGGAUGUAUGUCAGUAGUACAGUAUUUUGAAAAACCUUUGCUUUUUCACUGUGGGAUACGUUUUUGCCUAAUGGAGUUAUGAUCGGAGAAGUCUUUCCAAAAGAAAAUGUAUGUAAAUGUCUAUUUUAUAUAAAAGUGAGCAAACAAA